GAGGCGGCGGCGGCGGCGGCGGCCCGAGCGGGAGCCCGAGCGGCAGCCGGCGGCCGCGGGAGCCGCGGGGAGCGCGGGGGCGGCCCGGAGCGCGCCGGGGUCCCCGCGCCCCGCUCACCCGCCGCGCUCCGAAGAUGGUGGCGGCGCCGUGCGCCCGGAGGCUGGCCCGGCGCUCGCACUCGGCGCUGCUCGCGGCGCUCACGGUGCUGCUGCUGCAGACGCUGGUCGUGUGGAAUUUCAGCAGCCUCGACUCGGGGGCCGGGGAGCGCCGCGGGGGCGCAGCGGUCGGCGGCGGGGAGCAGCCGCCCCCGGCCCCGGCCCCGCGCCGGGAGCGCCGGGACCUGCCCGCCGAGCCGGCUGCAGCCCGAGGAGGAGGAGGAGGCGGCGGCGGCGGCGGAGGAGGAGGACGGGGGCCCCCGGCGCGGGCGCGGGGAGGCGGCCCCGGAGAACCGCGGGCACAGCAGCCGGCCAGCCGGGGGGCACUGCUCGCCCGGGCUCUGGAUCCACACCCGAGUCCGCUCAUCACCCUGGAGACUCAGGAUGGCUACUUUUCUCAUCGGCCAAAAGAGAAAGUGCGAACAGACAGCAACAACGAGAACUCUGUCCCCAAAGACUUUGAGAAUGUCGACAACAGCAACUUCGCACCCAGGACUCAAAAGCAGAAGCACCAGCCUGAGUUGGCGAAGAAGCUACCGAGUAGACAGAAGGAGCUUUUGAAAAGGAAGCUGGAACAGCAGGAGAAAGGAAAAGGACAUACAUUCCCCGGGAAAGGCCCCGGUGAGGUGCUGCCUCCCGGGGACAGAGCCGCAGCCAACAGCAGCCACGGGAAGGAUGUGUCCAGACUGCCUCAUGCCAGGAAAACUGGGGGCAGCUCCCCCGAGACCAAGUAUGACCAGCCCCCUAAGUGUGACAUCUCGGGCAAGGAGGCCAUCUCUGCCCUGUCCCGUGCUAAGUCCAAGCACUGCCGCCAGGAGAUUGGGGAGACCUACUGCCGCCAUAAGUUAGGGCUGCUGAUGCCUGAGAAGGUGACUCGGUUCUGCCCCCUCGAAGGUAAAGCCAACAAGAACGUGCAGUGGGACGAGGACUCCGUGGAGUACAUGCCGGCCAACCCGGUCAGAAUCGCCUUUGUCCUGGUGGUCCACGGCCGCGCCUCUCGGCAGUUGCAGCGCAUGUUCAAGGCCAUCUACCACAAAGACCACUUCUACUACAUCCACGUGGACAAGCGCUCUAAUUACCUGCAUCGGCAAGUGCUCCAGGUCUCCAGGCAGUACAGCAACGUCCGCGUCACCCCCUGGAGAAUGGCCACCAUCUGGGGGGGAGCCAGCCUCCUGUCCACCUACCUGCAGAGCAUGCGGGACCUCCUGGAGAUGACCGACUGGCCCUGGGACUUCUUCAUCAACCUGAGUGCAGCCGACUACCCCAUCAGGACAAAUGACCAGUUGGUGGCGUUUCUCUCCCGAUACCGAGAUAUGAAUUUCUUGAAGUCACACGGCCGGGACAAUGCAAGGUUCAUUCGGAAGCAGGGCCUGGAUCGGCUCUUCCUGGAGUGCGACGCUCACAUGUGGCGCCUGGGAGAUCGGCGGAUCCCAGAGGGCAUCGCCGUGGAUGGCGGUUCGGACUGGUUCCUGCUGAACCGGAGGUUUGUAGAGUAUGUGACCUUCUCCACAGACGAUCUGGUGACCAAGAUGAAACAGUUCUACUCCUACACCCUGCUUCCUGCCGAGUCCUUCUUCCAUACGGUCCUGGAGAACAGCCCCCACUGCGAUACCAUGGUGGACAACAACCUGCGCAUCACCAACUGGAAUCGCAAGCUGGGCUGCAAGUGCCAGUACAAGCACAUUGUGGACUGGUGCGGCUGCUCCCCCAACGACUUCAAGCCGCAGGACUUCCACCGCUUCCAGCAGACAGCCCGGCCUACCUUCUUUGCCCGCAAGUUUGAAGCCGUGGUGAAUCAGGAAAUCAUUGGGCAGCUGGACUAUUACCUGUACGGGAACUACCCUGCAGGUACCCCGGGCCUGCGCUCCUACUGGGAGAAUGUCUACGAUGAGCCUGAUGGCAUCCACAGCCUGAGUGACGUGACACUCACCUUGUACCACUCCUUUGCCCGUCUGGGUCUUCGACGGGCCGAGACGUCCCUGCACACAGAUGGGGAGAACAGCUGCCGGUACUACCCAAUGGGCCACCCAGCAUCUGUGCACCUCUACUUCCUUGCCGACCGCUUCCAGGGCUUUCUGAUCAAGCAUCAUGCUACCAAUCUGGCCGUGAGCAAACUAGAGACUCUGGAGACCUGGGUGAUGCCGAAAAAAGUCUUCAAGAUCGCAAGCCCACCCAGCGACUUUGGGAGGCUUCAGUUUUCCGAGGUCGGCACUGACUGGGAUGCCAAGGAGCGGCUGUUCCGCAACUUUGGGGGUCUCCUGGGGCCCAUGGAUGAGCCGGUGGGUAUGCAGAAGUGGGGGAAGGGACCCAACGUGACUGUGACCGUCAUUUGGGUGGAUCCCGUCAACGUCAUCGCAGCCACCUAUGACAUCCUGAUUGAGUCCACUGCCGAAUUCACACACUACAAGCCCCCUUUGAACUUGCCCCUGAGGCCUGGGGUCUGGACAGUGAAAAUUCUCCACCACUGGGUGCCAGUUGCAGAGACCAAAUUCCUCGUUGCGCCUCUGACCUUCUCCAACAGGCAGCCCAUCAAACCGGAGGAGGCAUUGAAGCUGCACAAUGGGCCGCUCCGCAACGCCUACAUGGAGCAGAGCUUCCAGAGCCUGAACCCCGUCCUCAGCCUGCCCAUCAGCCCCGCCCAGGUGGAGCAGGCACGGAGGAACGCAGCCUCCACGGGCACAGCGCUGGAGGGAUGGCUGGACUCGUUGGUGGGCGGGAUGUGGACUGCCAUGGACAUCUGUGCCACGGGCCCCACGGCCUGCCCAGUCAUGCAGACCUGCAGCCAGACGGCCUGGAGCUCCUUCAGCCCUGACCCCAAGUCGGAGCUGGGGGCAGUCAAACCCGAUGGCCGGCUCAGGUAGCACUGGGCACAAGGAGUGGGCCACAGCAGGAUCUCAACGGGAAAGCAGCCAGAGGGGUUGUGGGGCCUGAACCCUGGCCUCCCACCCUGGGGGGGGCCCUCUGUGAAUGGGUCUCUCCUGGCCGUAGAACGAUGGAAAGGGAAGGUUAGCAGAUCAAAGCAGGAUCAGCCAACAACCUGCCUUUGGCAAGCUGCGGGUGGGAUGGCUCAGUCCCUGCACUGUGACGGUCUCACCUCUUCUGGUUGAUCCUCAAGUCCUACAGGUUCCUUGUCUUCCCCUUCCAGUGACCCACCCUUGACCCCAGACGUGUGAUUUUCAAACUUUUAUUUUGAGCAGCAGAACUUUGUUUACUGAGCACAGUCAUAAGUGGAGGUUCAGGGUGCGGACAAAAUCCAAGCUGCUCCGGUUGAAGCUGACAAGUGCAAGGUUCCCUCCCAAAGCUCAGCCCUCAGCCCUCCGGGCAGUCCCCUUGCCCAGGGUAUCUCCUACGGUACCUCUUCAGAACCCAAGGGCUCUGCAAAUGCCAGUUUGACAAGCACUGCCCAGACCAACCAUGGGUUCAAAAUCCAGCCCCUCCCUUUGGUUCAUCUUUCUGCUCCUCUUGGCUGGGGGACUCUUGUGCCAGCCUUGAAAGUCAUGGUCGUGGGCCCUUUCCCAUGGAGGCUGCAGCCUUAGGAGAGCUCUGAGCCUCUCAGCAGCCCUCCUUGGGUUGAACUAUUCUCCUUAGUAACUAGGUAAGUGGGAAAGCCUUUUGAUGUGGCAUGGCUAAGGUCCAGCCACAAGUGCAACUGCCACCUGUCCAGGGGUCUGGGCCUCCUUCCCUCAAGGCUGCCACACAAAAUAGCAGAAAUAGGAUGAUGUUUGUGAGCACCAAACUCAAGACCAUGACCUUCUUUGAUCCUUGAAAAUGGGAACUUUGACAGCCAUGACCAUGAAUCUCACAAGGCAACGCGAUGAAACUCACAAAGCAGUGCUUGGAGCAAAACUCCUGAGCUAGACAGCACAGCAGCACCCAUCCCCUGCCAGAGCCCUUCCGUUUUGAGGUCAGACACACAAAACCUUUGUCAAUUGCACACCGGUGCUGUUGGGAGUGACCAAACCACAUGAACCAGACUUUUCCCGUCCAGGAAAUAGCAUUUCAGAAUUGGUUUUUAGUUUCGUGCCCUUCGGCCACAGGCUCAACGGGACAUGCAAGAUAAAAGUGGGAAGGUUAUUUAAACAACAAAAACCAGUAUGAUUUAAGUGUUUGAGUUACCAGAAACCCAAAAGGUUUCCUUGCCACAAGCCCCCUGGAAUGUCAUCCCUGUUCACCAGGAGAGCCCUUCACAGGAGGCGUCCCUUGCUCCUGUAAUCCCACCUCCCCUGAAUGACGGGAUUCCCUUGGAAAAAAGGUUUCACCCCUGGUAGCCAUCUGCCCUUCCCAUGGAGAGCCAGUCCUGACGUUUCUCUCCAGCGUGGGUUUGAAGGGGCUGCCCUUCGCUUUGUGUGACUUGUCUUAAUCCUAGCCAGAUGUGUUGCCCCAUCCCAAGCCUCGCAAGGCAGGAUGUCCUGUUGGCAAUGGAGGACGUAGAGAAGGAACACUUUAGAUAUUUAUUAUUUAUAUGUUUUAGUCAAUGACUAAUUAGUAGGUGCUGUUUUUGCAGCUUGUCAAUUAUGUUACCUUACUAACUGAAGCUGCCUUUAUUCACAAAAGGCCCCUUUUCCCAUCUUUUCCCACCCCCUGGUGUCUCUCUCUCUCGGUUUCUCUUUCUCUGCAUCUACCCCCCAUCCUUCUCAUCCUCCGAGUAAAACAGGGGCAUUGAACACCAUGCAAAGAAAGCUCCAACCCGCAUCUUCCACUGGCUUUGAGUGGGGUGCCUUGGGGACUGUUGGAGCCUCGUUUUUUCCUUAUGCAGAGUGUCAGCCUCAUCUCUCCCUCAGAUUCCAAGAGUAUUGGAAUUCCUGAGCCUCCCAUCCUCCCCCUACUCACCCCCCAUCACAGGCACAAGGAGGUGACAGGCAGAAAAUGUGGAGGGUGGGUGGGGAAUGUGCUAGCUGCAGAGAGCUUGGGCCAUCCCUGCUUGCUCCAUGGAUGCCUUCCCAUUGCCCAUGUAAUUAUGGGCAUCCAUGCGACCUUAACAGAGGGAAACAGGCUCCUUUGAGAGAGAUCCAUCUUAGGAAGAGGGUCGUCAGAUCCAGGCAGCAGAGUCCAGGAGAUAGCCAUUCUCAACAGCGAUUCUAGGGAUCUCAGGGUACUUUCCUCAGAAAGCCCCUAUGAUCUCUUUUACAGACUCUGGUGGCCACGCGCUGGGUGCCACAUCCUCUUUCUGCCCCCGGCCUCUGCCUCUGGCCAGGGUUUCCCUGGGGCUGCUGAAGCCUCUUCGGGAGCUUCCCUUUCACCCUCCUUGCUGGGCCACUAGUGCUUUGUGUUCGCAGCAUUAUUUGCAGUGGCUUUGGGGACUCAGCAGUGGCAAGUCCCUGUGCAUAAUGUGAACCUGCAGACUUCAAGAUGGGGCCCCUCCUGCACCCACUAACCUGUCUGCCUUUUUUUGUUUUUAUCCUGGAACAAGUGGAAAAAUGGCAGAGCUAGCGGACUCUGGGGACCCUUCCCGUCCCAUGGCUUCAUUUCUUCCUCACCACAACUAAUUCGGGGAGCUGAGAAGUCACACAGGGUAUUCCUCUCCCUUCUCUGAUGUUAUUAAUAGACCAGAGAAUAAGGUUGCAGAUAUUACAUUUGUUUUUUGUUUUUUUUUUUUUUAAGGAAAAUCCCAAACAAAGCCCAGCAUGAUUUGAGAAAAGAGGAUGUUUUCCCAGGGAAAAUAAUUUUUUUUAACCUGCCUGAGAAUGAUUUAUUUGUUGGAGGCUGAUGGUCAGACAGCCUGGAGCUUGGGUUGUGGAAGAUUUCAAAAGCAUAGGGCUGUGGUUUCUGGAAACCUAUUACAGCCUGCAGCUGUGAGCUGAGCCAGUGACGAGGUCCCUGGAAACUCAGGAAGGCUGAAAGGUGGGCCUUGGGGUAUUGGUUUGUGGAGAGAAGGAAGCAUUCUUUAGGCUGCGGCACUCCGUAUAGUUUCCCACCCACCGAGUGACAUUCAGGCAGAAAUUGAGCUCAGGAGACAGCCAGCCUUCCCACAUCCCACUUCACUUCCCAGUCCACGCGUAAAGCAGUGUGUCCUCAAGAAGGCAGUGAGCAAUUCCCAAGGUCCCCGUGUUGUGAGAAGCGCACUGCUUUCUCCCUUUGCAGGGGAAAAAAAGUCUUUCCUGGUGAGAUCAUGAGUCCUUCUGGCUUCAUUUCUCAUUGUGGGUUUAACUUCCAAAAUGCAAAUGGAGUUUAGAGAGGAUGAGCAGAACCACAGGACCCGCCCCCACCUCUCGCUCACUGCAGUUGCUUCUACCCUGGGCACAAGUUUGGGUGUCUGAAGACCAUGUUUCCCUCUGGUUCUCUAGUUCGCAAAUAACACAGAAGACGCUGGCUAGAACCUUAAGCUUUCUGCCAAAAAGAUGCAGAGAGCAGGGCAGUAGCUACCGGGAGUGGGGUAUGAAUAAAGAGUCCUUCCACAACCAAAAGUUCACUGAGGAUUUGGAGUACCAGCUCCCCAGCAGCAUCCAGGGGUGGAGAGGUGUACAUUCUAGAAACAGCUGUUAACACACUCCACUUUAAAGGCAGCAAGCUAGACAUGCAGAAUCAAAGCCACACACUGUGGUAGGGGUUACAAAUGUUUAUGGGGCCCAGGAUACUAGCAUAGAUGAGUGAAAUGGUUGGUGUGAGGCAAAACGGCAUGGUGGGGUUGGGGAUGGGGACUGUGGUCUUACUGGCAUGCACGUGACCUACCCAGAAUGAGCAGCUGCUACUCAGCCCCAACCUGUCAUUGUUUGUAAAAAUGUAAGCACAGUGUAGUGGAAUCUUCCAGUUUGGAAGGGAAGCCGGAAAUCCAGAUUUAUUGGAAAAAAUCUGAUUUUUCAAGGUCGGGUUUUUUUUUGUUGUUUUUUUUUUUUUAACAGAUAUAGUGGGCAAAGAAAAAUUCCACUGUUCCACGUGUACACUGCCAGCACCCUCUGCUCUCUGGAGAGGUGGUUUAAAGUGAGAUUAUGCAUUGCCCUGGUAGAAGAGGAAAAAAGCCAGCAUCAGGUCAGGGCAAAAAUAACAGCCCAUGUUGAACUCUGAAUGGGGACCUCUUGCUAAGUCAUUUCGCUCCCCAAGAGACCAUUCCACAGAGGGGGGAUGGAUCAUUCAGCUCUCCUGGUCCCAAGAUUGUGCUGAAGGGAAGAAAGAACAGAAUCUGGAGAUCUGGACUGCUGCCCCUUAGAUAUGCAGAGGUCCACAUCUGCCUGGGGCUACACCUUGUGGGACUCCAUCAAACCAGGCAGAAAUGGCAAAGACAGUGGAGGAGGAGGAGGAGGUAGGGUGUGAAACAGCCAGGCUCUCUCCAAAUCCCAAGUGUUGACACAGCCAUCUUGCCCCAUCCCUGGAAACCUCUUUGGAAACCACAUAGGGCUGUGCUGGCUCACGGGAUGUCCUGUUUGCUUCUGCCUCAGUUACCUUACUUUGCCCAUGGGUCUACCACAGGUGCUACCUCAUUGUGUCUGCUGAGAAGUUUACCUGGGAGGGGGGGAACAAAGUUGUCCAAAUCUGCUUGAGCUGAAUGUAUGAUCUAUGCAAAUUCUCUCUCUCCUCUCUCUUCCUCUCUGGCUCUCUUAGAAGUUUUUUUGUUUUGUUUUGUGUUUACCUUGCAAACAAGAUACUGUAUAGGACCCUCUUAAGAUGGAGGAGGGCUUUCUUGCGCCACCUGUGUCUACCCCUCACGUUGUCUUUGGCUCUGGUCUUGCCAGGCUUAUGCAGGGAGAAAGUGGCCUCUCUUCCCUCUCCACUUGGCUGGGAAUAUUCCAACUGCCUCUGCCUACAGAUAAAACCAGAAAGCGGGUUCUGCACCUUGUCAUGCCCCUCCCUAAUGUCAUCUACUCCAUCCCUCAUGUUCCUCCAACUUGCUUCUCCCAUCCCUCCUUCAAAAACAAAAAACAACAAAAAAAAAGCCUUAGGUUCCUCCUUUUUGAAAUGUGGCCUUAACAUUAUUUUUGGGAAGCUGACCAGCCAUCAUUUCCCUCCCAUCUCCACCAACAUCACAGAAGACAGCAUUGUGAAGCUUCUGUGGCAGCCUCCUAAGGAAGGGGUGCCAAUCUGUAGUUUGCAGAUGCUAUAGAAAUUGCUUACAAAUGUCGUCUUUAAGAAAAAUGUUCUUAUAUUUUUCCUAUGGGCAAAAUGAAGGCUUGGGUGCUCAUCUAAAGCUCAGCCAACUCCUGAAGCACUCUCUUAGAGCAUAUUGCUGCUGUAAUGGGCUGGCUUAAUUAUCAGCAGAGUGCUUGAAAAGGCUUUGCAAACCUCCCCUGCCCCCAAGACUGGGUGACUUUAUAUGUACUUCAUUCAAGAGUAAAUCAGGAGACGUUCUCCAUUUAUCUCUUUGUCCUUCCUGCCUGGAAAGUGAUAGCACUAAAUAUUCCCAGCAGAUGGGUAGUGUUCUCAAAGGGAUCACCCUUUCCCUACCUUCAGACUCUAUUCUUUACCCUUCCAUUGCUCCAGUGCUGAUGGAGGCCAAAGACAACCCCAGGGUUUUCAUAGGAAAUUCACUGGAAUUGUGCGCAAUUGUCUUUGUAGUCCUUUUGCCUUUUUUUUUUUUUUUUAAAUAUUAUGUUGUCAAUAGCAUUUGUUUGGGUAUUUGUUUUAGAGGCCUCACUCUAAGUUAUUACCGUCCCCUUCAUUGUUUUCAAAGACAUGUGGUGAUAUAGUUUUUAAAAAUAACUAUUUUGUUAUAGAUCAUAAUAUGCAUAAAACUGUACAGAAAUAUUUUGUAAUGUGUUGAUUUUAAAAAAAGAGAAUCUGUAAAUAAAGUUUUAAAAAAAGAAUUCAAAUGGCACACACUGAAAUAUGUAGAUAUUUUGCUAUUUAUUUAAAGGAGUAUUUUAAGAGAUAUUGAAGUAUCUGAAAUUGACCAGUAAUCAAAGUUCCAAUCAUCUGAAUGCUUUUCCUUGAGGUAGAAUGUGAUUCUCAGAAAUGAUUGCAUUACCUGCCCAUUUUUGCACCUUUUCCGUCUUUUUAUUUAGCAGAACAACAACAACAACAACAAAAUUGUGCCUUAGCUGUAUUUUUUUGUCUAGGGGAGUUUGUUUCUGUCUGACAAAGCAAAAUUUUUUGCAGAAAACAGUGGAUGUAUUAAAUACUGUAUCAUACCAAAAACACUGCAGGUGUAUAUAGAUGCUUUCUGUCAUACUGUGUUUUCAGAUGCAGAAUUUUAGAAUUAAAAAAAUACUGCCUUUAUGGAA